AUGGUGUCCUUCGUUGUGGCUAACGACAUCCCAUUCACAAUUCGAUCGGGAGGCCACGAUUCCUUUGGGCGAUUCUCCCGAAAUGGGGCGGUCGCGGUUGACAUGCGUUUGAUUAACUACGUCGAGAUUGAUCAGGAUUCCUCGACCGCGCGGAUCCGGGGAGGCAUCCUCACCGGGGAUCUGAUCCGUGCGCUGCAGAAGCAUGGGCUGGCCGCUGCAGUCGGGACGGUCUCCUCGUUUGGAUUGGGAGUCGAUCAAAUCCUGGCAGCCAAAGUUAUCAACGCUCAGGGGGCGCUGGUGGACGCCGACACAGAGCUGCUCAAAGCCCUUCGUGGCGCGGGGGGAGCAUUCGGGGUUGUCGCCGAGCUCACGAUUCCGGUGCACCGCCUUGAUCAAACUCUCGCAGGCGCCAUUGCGUUCCAGUUCGAUGAUCUCCCUGCAGUCAUCCGACAGUACAACACGGGCUACCAGGCUUUAUGUGCCGAAGGGAUCCCUGCAGAGCUCACCCUGCAACAGUGUGUCCUCAACCUUCCUCACAGUAAGACCUUGGUUGUCCUGUUCGCCUGGGCGUCCUACGACAUCAAGACUGGACAAUCAUGGGCCGAGCAAAUCAGCGCUCCAGCUCCGGUGGCUCACAACGCCGUCCAGCCAACAACGCCCCUUACCUAUCUGACCGACACGGAUCGAAUGGUGCCGUCCCAUACGCGUGGGCGUGUGCGGACGAUCAGCCUGAAGCGAUUGAGCGAAGAGGUUUUGGACGUGAUAUCCACCAGCGUCCUGAAGAUGCCGACGGAUCCGCACACCUUUUUCGCCAUGCAUGAGCUUCGGACCGGCACCCCAUCGGCCCAGGGUCACUCCGACUCUGUAUUUGCGGCCAGGGAAGGCCACUUCGUGUUCGAGAUGAUUGGAAAUGCGCAGCGCGAAGAGAAUCUGGAUCUUGCGACCGCGUGGGGGCAGGACCUCUGGAACGGGCUGAGCCGCACCGAUCAGGAGAAUGUUCUCCCGUCGACGUAUCUUUCUUUGACAGCUCCGGAGGAGUUGCAGAUGUCGCCACUAUUCGGGGGAAAUUUUCCGUGGUUGGUGGAGAUGAAAGACAAAUACGAUCCACGAGGGGUGUUUUCGGCGGCCACGGCGAGGUUUUGA